AAAUAAAAUAAAAACUAUAUUAUCGCCAAUAAUUGUGUCUUUUCCAGAUAUCUAAAUAUAAAUAUAAUUUAGCACUUCAGUCUUUGUCUAAAACAUCUUGUUGUUGUCCGCAGGUCAGGCUUUAAAGCAGCAGGUCGGGUCCAAACAUCUCGUCAGGCGGUUCGACAUGACGACGAACAGACGGUGACACACCCGAACCACCMGCCCGGUUCGGUUCGACACGCAGAAUAUGCGUCAGUUUCUGCUGGUUCAGGAAACAUGAAGUCAAAAUAAAGGAAUGCUAACAGGCUAACCUAGCUUUAACCUACAAGCCCCGCCCCUCCUCUCUGAUUGGCUGCCGGAUCACAACACAGUCACGUGACACGAAGCCGAACAUUAAAGAAGGAAACAGUUCAGCGUUCCAGGAUGGCUGCGGUCCUUCUGGCUCUGCUCCUGUCUGCCUCCGUCCUGCUGGUCUCCUCCGGCCCGGUCCGUGACUCCAACAACGGGACGGUCCCGCUGGUUCUGUGGCACGGGAUGGGUGACAGCUGCUGUAACCCGCUCAGCCUGGGCUUCCUGAAGAAGAGCAUCGAGGAGGAGAUCCCUGGGAUCUACGUUCUCUCACUGAUGAUCGGGAAGAACGUGUUGGAGGACACGGAGAGCGGGUUCUUCCUGGACGUGAACACUCAGGUGUCCAUGGUGUGUCGUCAGCUGGCCCAGGACCCCAGGCUGCAGGGGGGCUACAACGCCAUGGGCUUCUCACAAGGAGCUCAGUUCCUGAGGGCUGUGGCCCAGCGCUGUCCCUCUCCUCCAAUGAAGACGCUGAUCUCUGUGGGAGGACAGCACCAAGGUGUGUACGGCCUGCCCAGGUGUCCUGGGGAGAGCUCCUCCAUCUGCAACAUGAUCCGUGAGGCUCUGAACCGGGGGGCCUACAGCGACCUGGUGCAGAAACACCUCGUACAGGCCCAGUACUGGCACGACCCGCUGAAUGACGACCUGUACAGGAAGUACAGCCUGUUUCUGGCCGACAUCAACCAGGAGCGGGUGGUGAAUGAGACCUACAAGAAGAACCUGCUGCAGUUGGAGAAGUUUGUGAUGGUGAAGUUCCUGCAGGACACCGUGGUGGACCCGGUGGACUCUGAGUGGUUCGGCUUCCUGAAGACGGGUCAGGCCAAAGAGACGGAGACUCUGCAGGAGAGCGUCCUCUACAAGGAGGACCGGCUGGGUCUGGCGGUCCUGGACAAAGCUGGGAAGCUGGUCUUCCUGUCGGCUGACGGGGACCACCUGCAGUUCCCUGAAGGCUGGUUCCAGAAGAACCUGCUGCCCCUCCUGAGGUAGACCCUGAGCAGGUCCUGGUUCUGUUUGCACUGACUGUCUCCUGCUGUUCUAACAGAAGGUUCUGAAUCUGAGCCGGUUCUGAUCAGGUCCAGCUGUAUGCUGUUUGUAUUUGAAUCUUUUAACUGUAAAAGUUUUAAAGUUUUAGUCCAAUAAAAACACAAGCCUCUGA